AGACAGACUGAAAAAACCCGUUGGCGCGCCGCGUGAGAUUUCCCGCGGAGUGAAAUUCAGCGCUCAUUGUUCAUUUACCAAAAGUCCAAGAAAAUUCGUCAUCUCCUUUUUUAGACCGUUGCUUUUGCUCACUGGAUUCUUUGAUUCUCGGUGUCUGUUUAUGUGUGGAUUUUCUUUUGGGAGAAUUUUUUAACCAGUUGAUGCAAAUUCCUACCGCAAUAGGAUUUUACAAAAUUCUAGUUUUUCUCCUUCCGUUAAUCCUUCCCGGGAAACGACCGAAAUUGAAAAUGUCGUGUAGGGGCAGAACUCACGCGUCAGUGUAAUUAAAGCCGUCUUUCGAAGUCAAGAAAAUCCAGAGAUGGAAUCAAAGUCUUCGUUCAUCGAUUCAAGGAGAAACUUGUAUGUUUCUUCAAGUUGGUUUGGUUUGAAGACUUUGGGGAAUUUCAGUUCUUGGUGGUGGCGGUCUGUAUUGGUGCUUGAGUAGAGUUUGUGUUGGCCCUGGAGAAAAUGAGGACUGGGAACCGAAAGAGGAAGCUAAGGCUAAGCAAGAUCUAUUCAUUUGCUUGUGGAAGAACUUCAUUGAAAGAUGAAGAUCAUUCACAAAUUGGGAUGCUCGGGUUCUCCCGGGUGGUUUUCUGUAAUGAUCCUGAUUGUUUGGAGGCUGGAAUGCGUAAUUAUGUUAACAACUCUAUCAGUUCUACAAAGUACACACCCAUCACUUUUGUGCCCAAGUCGCUGUUUGAGCAGUUCAGGAGGGUGGCUAAUUUUUACUUCUUGAUUGCUGGUAUAUUAGCCUUCACUCCUCUUGCUCCUUAUACUGCUGUCAGUGCAAUUGUCCCUCUUAUUGCAGUCAUUAUUGCGACAAUGGUUAAAGAAGGUGUUGAAGAUUGGAGACGAAAAGCACAGGAUAUUGAGGUGAAUAAUAGAAUGGUUAAAGUUCAUCAAGGCAAUGGAGUCUUUGAUAAUACUGAAUGGAAAACUUUGAGGGUUGGAGAUAUAGUGAAGGUUGAAAAGGAUCAAUACUUUCCAGCCGACCUUCUUUUGAUUUCAUCCUGCUAUGAGGAUGGAAUCUGUUAUGUAGAAACGAUGAACCUUGAUGGGGAAACAAAUUUAAAGGUAAAGCAAGCACUCGAUACAACUGCAUUUGCACGUGAGGAUUCUAACUUUUUUGACUUUAAGGCUACAAUCAAAUGUGAAGACCCAAAUGCAAAUCUUUAUACCUUUGUUGGGAGUAUGGACUUUGAAGAUCAACAAUAUCCACUUUCUCCACAAAAUCUUCUCCUGAGAGACUCCAAACUCCGAAACACAGAAUAUAUAUAUGGGGCUGUUGUCUUUACUGGCCAUGAUUCAAAGGUUAUUCAGAAUUCUACUGAUCCACCUUCUAAGAGAAGCAAAGUUGAGAAGAAGAUGGAUAAAAUUAUAUAUCUGUUGUUUAGCUGUCUAUUCAUGCUGGCCUUCAUUGGGUCUAUAGUCUUCGGAGUUAUGACUAAAGAUGAUCUUAAAAAUGGGAGGACAAAGAGAUGGUAUCUUAGACCAGAUGAUUCUACUAUUUACUUUGAUCCCAAAAAUGCACCAGCUGCUGCAAUUUUCCACUUUCUGUCAGCACUGAUGUUGUAUAACUACUUUAUCCCUAUAUCCUUGUAUGUGUCUAUAGAAGUUGUCAAAGUUCUUCAGAGUAUCUUCAUCAAUCAAGACAUUCACAUGUAUUAUGAAGAAGCUGACAAACCAGCACAUGCCCGCACCUCCAAUUUGAAUGAGGAACUUGGUCAAGUUGACACUAUACUCUCUGACAAGACCGGAACUUUGACCUGUAACUCAAUGGAGUUUAUCAAGUGUUCUGUGGCUGGAACAGCUUAUGGCAGCGGAGUCACUGAAACUGAGAGAGCUAUGGAAAGCAGAAAUGGCAUGCCAAUGCUUUAUGGAAAUGGCAAUGGAAACACCUAUAAGCACAAUGAGGAUGCUACAGAUACAACUCCCUCUGUCAAAGGCUUUAAUUUUAAGGACAAUAGGAUUAUGAACGGAAACUGGGUUAAUGAACCUCAUGCAGAUGUCAUCCAGAAGUUCUUCCGCCUCCUUGCUACUUGUCAAACAGCUAUUCCAGAUGUUGAUGAAAACACAGGCACGGUUUCAUAUGAAGCUGAAUCGCCAGAUGAAGCAGCAUUUGUAAUUGCUGCCAGAGAAAUUGGUUUCGAAUUCUACCAGAGGACACAGACAAGUAUAUCGAUUCGUGAACUCGAUCCUAGGUCUGGAAGGAAGGUUGAAAGGUCAUAUAAGCUUUUAAAUGUUCUGGAGUUUAAGAGCGCCCGGAAGAGGAUGUCUGUUAUAAUAAGAGAUGAAGAAGGGAAAGUACUAUUACUAUGCAAAGGUGCUGACAGUGUCAUGUUUGAGAGGCUUGCCAAGAAUGCUAGUAAAUUUGAAGAGAAAACGAAGGACCAUAUCAAUGAGUACGCUGAUGCAGGGCUAAGGACCUUGGUACUUGCUUAUCGUGAACUUGAUGAGGAGGAAUACAAGUUAUUUGAUAGGCAAUUCUAUGAAGCUAAGAAUUCAGUUAGUGCAGAGAGGGAUUCAUUGAUUGAUAAAGUAACAGAUCGCAUUGAAAGGGAUUUAAUUCUUCUUGGUUCCACAGCAGUUGAGGACAAGCUUCAAAAUGGAGUCCCCGAAUGCAUAGACAAACUUGCUCAAGCUGGGAUUAAGAUCUGGGUUUUGACUGGGGACAAGAUGGAGACUGCGGUCAAUAUUGGUUUUGCCUGCAGUUUGCUUAGACAAGGAAUGAAACAGAUUAUUGUAUCUCUGGAAACACCAGAAAUUCAGGCCUUAGAAAGGACGGGAGAGAAGGAUAUGAUCAGUAAGGCAUCAAAAGAAAGUGUCAUCCACAAGAUAACUCGGGCAAGGUCUCAGCUCACUGCAUCAAGUGGAAGCGCAGAGGCUUAUGCAUUGAUAAUUGAUGGGAAGUCACUUACUUAUGCUCUAGAGGAUGAUGUGAAGGAUGCAUUCCUUGAGCUUGCAAUUGGAUGUGCAUCUGUUAUUUGCUGUCGCUCAUCACCAAAGCAGAAAGCAAUGGUCACUCGAUUGGUUAAACUUGCAACGGGGAAAACAACUUUAGCAAUUGGUGAUGGCGCAAAUGAUGUUGGAAUGCUUCAGGAAGCAGAUAUUGGCAUUGGAAUUAGUGGUGCCGAAGGAAUGCAGGCUGUCAUGUCGAGUGAUAUUGCGAUUGCUCAGUUCAGAUAUUUGGAGCGUCUACUACUUGUACAUGGACAUUGGUGCUACAGGAGAUUGUCAUCAAUGAUAUGCUACUUUUUCUACAAGAAUUUUACCUUUGGUUUUACACUUUUCUUAUACGAGGCAUACACUUCAUUCUCUGCACAACCUGCAUAUAACGAUUGGUUUAUGUCACUCUACAAUGUUGUGUUCUCCGCACUUCCAGUUGUGGCUCUUGGGGUGUUUGACCAGGACGUGUCUGCAAGAUAUUGCCUUAAGUUUCCUAUGUUGUACCAGCAAGGUGUUCAGAAUGUCCUCUUCAGCUGGGCCCGGAUACUCAGCUGGAUGUUUAAUGGUUUGUGCAGUGCGUUGAUCAUUUUCUUUUUCUGCACAAAUGGAAUGAAGCAUCAGGCAUUUAACCCCGAUGGGAAAACUGUGGGGAGAGAUAUCCUUGGAGCGACAAUGCUGUCAUGUGUUGUUUGGGUCGUCAACUUGCAGAUGGCACUCUCUGUUAGCUACUUCACCUUGUUGCAACAUAUUUUCAUCUGGGCUUCAAUCUUUAUCUGGUACCUCUUUUUGAUGAUGUAUGGAGCCUUCCCUGCCAACAUUUCAGGAAAUGCAUAUCGUGUGUUCCUCGAAGCCCUUGCUCCUGCCGGGUCUUAUUGGGUUCUGCUGAUAUUUGUGGUGAUCUCUACUCUCAUUCCAUUCUUUGUAUACUCAGCAUUACAGGUGAAUUUCUUUCCGAUGUACCAUGAAAAAAUACAGUGGAUCAGGCACGAUGGUAAGGGUCAGAUAGACAAUCCUGAGUUUGUCAAUAUGGUCAGGCAAAGCUCGUUGAAACCAACAACUGUCGGCUUCACUGCUCGUUUGGCAGCCAAAAUAAGAAGAGAUAAUUCAUAGAUCGUUUCUGUAUGUUUGAAUUCUGAAAUUUUUGUACAGAUUCAUCAGCCUGCUUUAUCAUACUGAUAGAAAGUGCUUCGAAUAUUGUUAUUAUGCUUGGUUUCCUUCUGUUCUGAAUCAAAAUAUUAUAUAGUUUGUACUAUAAAGAGCUGAGAGAUCAGGUAUCUGGUGGGGUAAGAUCAUAUGUUCAAUAGAAAUGAAAAAAAAGAAAAAGAAAGGGUUCUAUGUACCAUAGGUUAUACCCUUUUGUCCUCUCUUCUGAUGUUUGAUCAAUUUUGGCAGGAAAAACAGCAGGAAAUGAAGAAAGAUUAUGGUCUGAAGUCUUGGAGGAAAGUGGAAAGGCCAUCAUCUCAUGUACAAGGAAUUACUUGAAUUGAUUGAUAGUGUACAGUUGUAGGGUAAAAUUGUUGUUCAGCUCUGCAGGAACCUGAAAUUGAAUUCCCCUUUCCCCAAAAGCUUCCAAAACCAAACUCUCCCUUCUCCUGCAAAUCCUCCAUAACCUUCUCAAUCUCUUCCAUACAGCAGCUCAAACCCAACCCAUCUCCUUCAUUCCUCAUACAUCUUUCAUCACUAAGCCCUCUAAGCUCAUCUUUAUAACCACUCAUUACCAUCUUUUCCUCCUUUUGUCUUUGUCUUAGCCUUCUUUUGGCGAACUCUCUCGUCUUUCGAAUGAGCUUCCAUGGAAGCUUGAGUAACAAAAGGAGAGUGAUCUGCAACGCCAGGCACUCACAGCAACAACAUAUGGCAAUGCAGUCGGGUGCUAGCAUGUUUGGAUCUUCCAUGGUUGCGGAAGAGAGGUGGUGGAGAAGAAGAUGAUGAUGAUAAAAAGAAGAAGACAUUGCUUGUUAAGGAAAUAGUUCCCUGUCUUCAAAAUGGAUUUUGUGGUUGGGAAUGCAACAAAAGUAGGAAAGAGGAUCUUUCCUGUAAAUCUCUUACCUUUUUUCUGUAGCAUCCAUAUGGGUUUGACAGAUAUGAUGGGAAUGUUUAAGUUGAAGGCUGAGGCAAACUAAAUGCCUUCCUUUAGUCGUAUUCUAGAAUCACUUCACCUUCACGAAGUUACGUUGAUUAGCUCAUCACAUGGUAUCAUUUUAU